CUGUGCAGUGCGGAGGUACCGCCCGCGAGGGGCGGGGCCCAGGCGGAGGCGGGCGGAGGGGUCGCUGCCGUCCUCGCGCGCCCCUCGCGCGCCCCUCGCGCCCCCUCCCCUUCUCGCCGUGGCGCUCGCGGCCCGGCCCGGCCUGACCCGGUGCGGUCCCCCGAGACUCGGGCCGCGCCGCGAAGAAGCGGCAACGAGGCGGCUGCCUGAUUUGUUUGUAAAUGCAUCAUAAACAGACAGCCCAGAAUGAAGAAAGCAAGCAGGAGUGUUGGCUCAGUGCCCAAAGUGCCUGGAGUAAAUAAAACUCAAACAACUGAAAAAGCCAAACCAGAAAACGGCUCCUCAGUGUCUGCAGUAACAAAACUCUCCAAAACCGGGACAUCGGCAUCUCUUUUGAAGACUAAGAGUAACGAUGACCUCUUAGCAGGGAUGGCUGGUGGUAGUGGAGUGACAAUGACCAACGGUGUCAAGGUAAAGAAGAACACUUGUGUAGCAACAGCAUCUUCAACUUCAGGGACAACCAUGAACAGUCUGGAAAAUAAACCCAAAACCAUUGCAGGUCCAGGUUCCACAGCUAAACGCAGCGCUUCCUCUGGCACUAAAGAAUUCAGCUCCUCCAGGGAGAGAAUGCGUGACCGUUCUCGCCUGAGCCAGAGCAAAAAGCUGCCUCUGAGCGGGCAGGGCAGCACCGAGGCCGUGCUGGCCAAGCGCUCCCGCAGCCGCACCAACCCCGAGGUGGACGUUCGCAUGAGCAAGUCCAAGUCAGACAACCAAAUCAGCGACAAAGCUGCGCUGGAAGCCAAGGUCAACGAUCUCCUGACGCUGGCAAAAACUAAAGAUGUGGAAAUCUUGCACCUGAGGAAUGAGCUAAGGGACAUGCGUGCUCAGCUGGGCCUUAAUGAAGAUCAACUUGAAGGCGAUGAAAAAUCUGAAGAAAAAGAGGCCAUUGCUGUCCAUCAGCCAACCGAUGUGGAGUCUACCUUGCUACAGUUACAAGAACAAAACACUGCCAUCCGGGAAGAGCUCAACCAGCUGAAGAAUGAGAAUCGAAUGUUAAAAGACAGGCUGAAUGCAUUAGGCUUUUCCUUGGAGCAAAGGCUGGACAACUCUGAAAAACUCUUUGGCUACCAGUCUUUGAGUCCAGAGAUUGCAGCUGGCAACCACAGUGAUGGUGGUGGUACACUGACAUCUUCAGUGGAAGGUUCUGCUCCAGGAUCAAUGGAAGACUUGUUAAGUCAGGAUGAGAACACCUUGAUGGACAACCAACACAGUAAUUCCAUGGAUAAUUUGGACAGUGAGUGCAGUGAGGUUUAUCAGCCACUGACAUCAAGUGAUGAUGCCUUAGAUGCUCCAUCAUCUUCAGAGUCUGAAGGAGUACCAAGUAUAGAAAGAUCUAGGAAGGGGAGCAGUGGCAAUGCAAGUGAGGUGUCUGUGGCUUGUCUAACGGAACGGAUACAUCAGAUGGAAGAGAAUCAGCACAGCACAGCUGAAGAGCUCCAAGCCACGCUCCAGGAGCUUGCGGAUUUGCAGCAAAUAACACAAGAGCUGAACAGUGAGAAUGAAAGACUUGGAGAGGAGAAAGUAAUUCUUAUGGAAUCUUUGUGUCAGCAAAGUGACAAGUUAGAGCACUUCAGCCGUCAGAUUGAGUAUUUUCGGUCCCUUUUAGAUGAACACCACAUCUCUUACGUGAUCGAUGAAGAUAUGAAAAGCGGUCGCUACAUGGAAUUAGAACAGCGCUACAUGGACCUGGCAGAGAACGCUCGGUUUGAGCGAGAGCAGCUGCUAGGUGUUCAGCAGCACUUGAGCAACACUUUGAAGAUGGCAGAACAAGACAACAAGGAGGCCCAAGAAAUGAUAGGGGCAUUAAAGGAACGAAAUCACCACAUGGAGCGGAUUAUUGAAUCAGAGCAGAAGAGCAAAACAGCCAUAGCGUCCACCUUGGAGGAGUACAAAGCCACAGUGGCCAGUGACCAGAUUGAGAUGAACAGGCUGAAAGCUCAGUUGGAGCAUGAGAAGCAGAAAGUGGCUGAGCUGUAUUCCAUUCACAACUCUGGAGAUAAAUCAGACAUCCAGGAUCUGCUGGAGAGCGUCAGGCUGGAUAAAGAAAAAGCAGAGACCCUGGCCAGCGGCCUGCAGGAGGAGCUGGCACACACUCGCAAUGAUGCCAAUCGGCUGCAGGAUGCCAUUGCUAAGGUUGAAGAUGAGUACCGAGUGUUCCAAGAAGAAGCCAAGAAACAAAUUGAGGAUCUCAAUGUGACUCUGGAAAAACUUCGGACAGAACUAGAUGAAAAAGAGACCGAGAGAAGUGACAUGAAAGAAACUAUUUUUGAGCUGGAGGAUGAAGUAGAGCAGCAUCGUGCUGUGAAGCUUCAUGACAACCUCAUCAUAUCUGAUUUGGAGAAUACAGUUAAAAAACUUCAGGACCAAAAGCAUGACAUGGAAAGAGAGAUAAAGAAUCUUCACAGGAGGCUCCGGGAGGAGUCAGCAGAAUGGCGCCAGUUCCAAGCUGACCUGCAGACUGCAGUGGUUAUAGCAAAUGAUAUCAAGUCUGAGGCCCAGGAGGAGAUAGGAGACCUGAAGCGUCGAUUGCACGAAGCUCAGGAGAAAAACGAGAAGCUCACCAAAGAGCUGGAGGAAAUCAAGUCACGCAAGCAGGAAGAGGAGCGUGGUCGAGUGUACAAUUACAUGAACGCUGUAGAGAGAGAUCUGGCAGCUCUGAGGCAGGGAAUGGGCCUGAGUCGCAGAUCCUCCACCUCCUCGGAGCCAACUCCCACUGUAAAAACACUCAUCAAGUCAUUUGACAGUGCCUCCCAAGUUCCAAGCCCUGCCGCUGCCACGAUUCCUCGCACUCCUCUGAGCCCAAGUCCCAUGAAAACUCCCCCAGCUGCUGCUGUGUCCCCUAUGCAGCGGCAUUCUAUAAGUGGACCAAUCUCAGCUUCAAAACCCCUUGCCACACUGACAGACAAAAGGCCAAGCUAUGCUGAAAUCCCUGUUCAAGAACAUUUGUUGAGAACAUCCUCUACCAGCAGGCCAGCGUCGCUGCCAAGGGUGCCCACUAUGGAAACUGCCAAAUCUAUUUCUGUCUCUCGAAGAAGCAGUGAAGAAAUCAAGAGGGAUAUCAGUGCCCCAGAUGGAGCAUCUCCAGCGUCUCUCAUGGCAAUGGGCACCACCUCACCACAGCUGUCACUCUCCUCCUCUCCAACAGCAUCAGUCACCCCUACCACCAGGAGCCGAAUAAGGGAAGAGAGGAAAGAUCCCCUGUCUGCUCUAGCCAGAGAAUAUGGAGGAUCCAAGAGAAACGCCUUGCUGAAGUGGUGCCAGAAAAAAACAGAGGGGUAUCAGAACAUCGACAUAACAAACUUCAGCAGCAGCUGGAAUGAUGGCUUGGCCUUCUGUGCAGUGCUCCAUACUUACCUCCCAGCUCACAUUCCCUACCAAGAGCUAAACAGUCAGGACAAGAGAAGAAAUUUCACCUUGGCUUUUCAGGCAGCUGAAAGUGUUGGCAUCAAAUCUACUCUGGACAUCAACGAGAUGGUGCGAACUGAGCGUCCCGACUGGCAGAAUGUCAUGCUGUAUGUUACAGCAAUUUACAAAUACUUUGAGACCUGAAACCCCCAAGACUCAGCAGAUCCGUGGGAUAGAACCAGCAUCAGCUACCAGAUGGAAAUCUUCCUGAAAUGCUAAUCCCCAUUUCACUGAAAACUGGCAACAUUUGAAUCCCCUCAAACUUCAGUGACACUAUCUUGGAUUGCCUCGGAUUGCUUCAGCUACUAAGCCUGGAAAGCAUUGUGUAAAGCAAGAACUCAUUGCCACAGUGCUUGGAAUAACCCAAGUUAUUAAGCUAUUCAGAUUAAUUAAGUAGCCUAAAGAGCCUGGACUACUUCUGUGCUGCCUUGCCAGCCAGACUUCCUGAAGCUUUCUUUCCUAGGAGAUGAAUGGAUCCUCUAUGGGACACUGAAUGUACAGCUGAGCUAUGAGAAGGAAAAGGAGAACAUGGCAUCGCAUCACCGAACUUUCUGUAGCAUCUUGAUACCACAGUCUGAGCAUUCUACCCCAAAGCCUGUGACACCCUGAUAUAGUCAAGUUCUUCAUGGUAAUUUAGUUACUGCCUUCACAGCUAUUUUCCCUCUCAAAUGUGCACAAUAUUCUAGGAAAAUAAGCUUUUGUUCCGUAGCGACAGAGGGAGUGGAAAAGCACUCUCCAUACCUCGGAAAAUUUGGCACAGAAGAAAUCGUUCUAGAGCUUCAUUUUAAGCCUACCUCUGUCACACUGAUGUGGCUUCCAACUUUAUCUUACAGAUAGCAGAGACUAGCGCACGCAGCUCCUGGUUUCCAGGGUGUGCUGUACUUCAAGGAAUCUGUCCAAACUCCCUGUGCUUCCAUUGCAACAGAAACUAAUUGGUAAUCAGCCCCUCUAUGGCUGCUUCUUUCCCCUUUUCCUCCUUUGCCUGUACAGCACACAGCUACUCCAGGCUUCACAGCAAUACAAGCAUACAGCAUGGAUUUCUGUGGGAGAAUUUUGGAACUGGGAUAGGAUUUCCUCUGCAGAGAAGGUAUUUUCACAAAGAUGGAACAGAGAAGUAGUUUGCUUCAAAAUCCAUCUUUGCCGUGUGUUCUGUGUGGUUUUCAUUGCUCUUGCACAUCCUCGUCCCACUGGCAGAAGGUGAGGCAGGAAUUCUGGAGGAACUGUUGUCAUGUGUGUACACCUGGGAGUCCUGAGUAUUGUGUGGAAGUGACUCAGUGUCAAAGGACAGAACAGAACUUUAGCCUGCUCAGCUUCUCCUGGCGUGAAUUCAUGUAACAGCUCUCAGCAAGAGUUAAGUAAGUGCCUUAGUGAUCAUUGGAGUGAUACAGUGAUACAUGCUGGCACUGCAGAGCCCUGUGCAGGGUGCUCGUGGCUCAGAGGGACCUCGCAUAGCCAUUUGUCAUAUGCUGUUUGCUGUAAUCUUGUUUGUCAGAUCAAGGGAAGACUUUGCUCUGUCAUUGCUUCUGCCUCUUAUUGUUCUGCAUACUUAUCACAGCUCAACAUCUCUCAUUAAUAUUAAGCAGAAGCCUACUUUAGAAGCGAGUUUUGUAGCAACUGCUAUUUAUAAGCACAUGCUCUUCCAACACACUAACCCUCUUACAAAGAAAAUGAAUCUGCCAUUCCUAUGGUGCUCUAACGACUGUUAAGGACAGUUUGAAUGUCAUAGAUGUUAACCCAGUGAAUGCAAUUCUGCUUGGCAUCUGUGAAACUUCACUGUGGUAUAAAAGCACAGAAUUCAUUCCAAAUUAUUGCCAAAUCCAACCCCUGUCAUCUGAAGAACAGAGCCCAUGUGAAGAGUAAUAAUUCAGCAUGUCCCUGCAGCUCGCAUUGUGUAUAAAUGCACUCUUACACUGAUAUGUGCCUGUGAGAAUUACAGAGAUCUGCAAGUAACUGCUUCAUGCUGGGGCCCUUUGGAGAAGUUUUCAGAGCAGUGGGGUCACACAUUCUUUAGGAUUCUGAAAGUGGUUAGAUACUCUCAGAGCAUUAGUUGGUACAUUUCAAGAGCCCAUGUAAUGUAAAGACAAUUACUGCAAGAGAGGGUUCAGGUUGAAAACCCUUCACUGACAGAUUUUAGUAAAAGUCUGAAAUACAAUUUCCUCUCCUGUGUAUUUCUUACUUCAUUUCUUCAAGUGAGUUCCAGCAAGAGCAGGCUUACUGCAAAUACACAUCACUGCUGCCUCACAUUCCAGCUGCAGGCUUUGUCAGUUUGUGUUCCAAACCCUUCUAUUCCCACUCUGAACAGAUGUCCUCAUCUGUGAUGUCUUACUCUUUGCCUUAGAUGUUCAGAAAAUAUUUUUCUAGCAUUUCUUGGUCUAAAUUGACUUCGUGCCCUCUUCUGGUAAGGUAAUUUGAGCUAAUGAGCAACUUCAGUUACUUGGGCAGUUGUGUUAGCCCUUAACUGAAAUAACACCAACAGUCUAACCAUUUGGGAAUGGGGGAGUCACAGCUUUCAGAGCCUGCCUGUUAAAAAGAUGAACUGCAAAACUUCAGAGAGAUAAAGUUAUCAUAAAAGUGAUCUUGUUUGGAACUGCAGAGCUCUGUAAACGUCUUCUUGGUGUGACCUGUCUGAUAAACCUCGGCUGAAUUCCUGUCUGUAAAGGAAUAUUGGGCUUCAUGAAGAGGAUUCUUUUAUAAUGAUGUAUCUGAGCCUUUACAUAUAAGGUGCUGCACAGGUGGCUGAGUGGAAGAUGAUGUAACCCAAACAUAACUCUUUGCUGCACUCUACAACAUGUUGUUUCUGAAGGUUCAAACCACAUUCAUUUUUUUCAAGAGGCAGAAUAGUUGUAGCCCUUCUGGACAUGGAUGACAAUACUGUGUUUGGUUCCUACCCAUAGUUUGUCCUGAAAUACUCUGGAUUUUGUACAGCUGAAGUGCAGAAUUAUGCU